AUGAUCCGCCCUGAAGAGCGCCUAUGGUGUGGGUCGGGCAACUUGCUCGACGGUGGGCCCUACACUUGGCACAUCACGGAUCUCGACCAGCGAAGGCAUUUCUCAGUGACUUACAACCCUCCGAUCCCAGUUCAAGACGUCGAAGAGACCGAGGAGAUUUGCAUGGCGCAGCUGAGAAAGCAUAUCGACGACCUGGGCGAGGGCGUCUACGGGAUGGGCUUCUCAGAGCCUGGACCGAUCAUGAUGAGCACAGAUCCAGAAGACGACGUGACUUGCCUGACCGAGCUGGAUCGAUUGAGCCCGCAAGUCGACCAUGUCUCGUUCCCGGGAGCCUCAAGCGCACAUCGAGACCCGAUGCUUUCCGCGUUCACGGCUCGACCGAUCAUCGAGCUCAAGCAGCGCGACAAGUCCAAGAUCGAGUCCAUCCUCGCCUACGGCAUGCUUGCUCCCAGCGACCGCGUCCUCGUCGGCCUCAACACAGGCUCCCUGCGCAUCUACCGAACCAACGACCUCGCCAGCAGCGCCUCCUCCACCCAGCCCGACGCUGAGGACCCGAGCGCUGCGGCGCCGUCAUCCCAGAAUGGCCACGCCGCGCACAAGCCGCAGGCGCCUAAGCCGACCGACCUCCUCCGGGAGGUGGAGAAGUUCUCGACGCGCGCCAUUGAGCAGCUCGCCAUAAUCAAGGAGGCCAACACGCUCGUGUCGCUCUCCAACUAUGCUGUUUCGCUGCACGACCUCAAGACUUUCGAGCCCAUCGAGUCGCCCCUCUCCCGCACCAAGAAUGCCUCGACCUUUGCUGUCACGAGCAACAUUGUCAAGGACCCGGCCACCGGCGUCCCCGAGAUCAUCUCCCGCCUAGCGGUUUCCGUCAAGCGCCGGCUGCUGCUCUGGUCGUGGCACGAGAGCGAACUGUCGCCCGAGGUCACCGAGAUCGUCCUCGCCGAGUCCAUCCGGUCCAUCACCUGGGCGAAUGCGACUAGGGUCGUCUGUGGCAUGAAUAGCGGCUACGUUCUGGUCGAUGUGGAAACCGGCAGCAUCGAGGAUAUCGUGGGGCCUGGAGCCAUUGGGGGCGCCGCCGGCGGGCAAGGGCGCUUCGGAGCCGUCAGCGCUGCCGGGAUGGGAUACAUGGGCCUCGGCGGCUACAUGCCUCAGCCGCUCUCUGCCAAACUCGCCGACGGUGAGCUGCUGCUGGCCAAAGAUAUCAACACCUUGUUUAUCAACGACGCCGGGAAGGCCCUGGAAAAGAGGCAGAUCCCCUGGCAAGCGGCACCAGAAGCGAUCGGGUACAGCUACCCAUACAUCCUGGCCCUGCAGCCGCCGACGAAAGGAAGCCUCGAGGUCCGGAACCCGGACACGCUGAGUUUGUUGCAGACUAUUAGCCUCCCCGGCGCCGCGGCACUCCAUUUCCCCCCGCCAACGGUCAGCCUGGCCCAUGCUGGCAAGGGCUUCCACGUGCUGAGCGACCGGGUGGUGUGGAAAAUGGACGCUACCGACUACGACUCCCAGGUCGAAGAGCUCGUCAAGAGCGGUAGGCUCGACGAGGCUAUUAGCAUCUUGACUAUGCUCGAAGAUGCGCUGCUCAAGAAUAAGACAGAGACACUACGAGAAAUCAAGAUGCAAAAAGCCGAGCUGUUAUUUCGCCAAAAGAAGUACCGCGAGUCGAUGGAUCUCUUCAACGAGGACAGCGUCAACGCGCCGCCGGAAAGGGUGCUGAAGCUCUUUCCGAAGUCCAUCGCUGGCGAUCUAUCUGGGCUCGACGAAGACAGGCAGGACGAGUCCGAACAGGGGAGUGAUAGUGGGAAGGCGGACGGCGAGCAGCAGGAGACUAAGCCAGACCUUGCUGAAGUGUCCUCGCCCCCGAGGGUUGGCGGAUUCGCCAAGUACCUCAUGGGCAGCUGGAAGGCCAACCCCGAGACGGCGUCUAUCGCCUCAUCCAAGAAAGGGCCCGACGAUGAUGCCGCAAGCAUCAAGGGCAAACCCGACGACGAGCAAUCCCAACAGGAAAAGGACCUGAUGGCCGCCGUCUCGGAACUAAACGGCUACCUAGCCGGUGCCAGAGCACGGCUGCAGCGCGUCAUCGACCCCGUCACGGGCAAACUAAAGCCGCGCAAAUCCCAGAGCGGUUCCACCGAGGAGGCCUUCAAGACCCUCCUGCUCUCGUCGGCAGACGAAAGCGACGAGCAGCUCGAGAGGGACCUCCAACACACCUUCAGGAUCGUCGACACCACGCUCUUCCGCGCGCUCAUGUACUCGCGCCCGGCGCUGGCCAGCUCGCUCUUCCGGAUCCCCAACUUCUGCGACCCGGACGUCGUCAACGAGCGCCUGGUCGAACACAACCGCUUCAACGAGCUGGUCGACUUCUUCUACGGCAAGAAGCUGCACCGGCAGGCGCUGAGCCUGCUGCGCAAGUUCGGGUCGCCCGACGAGCCCGACGAGGCCGCGCCCGCGCUGCACGGCCCGCGGCGGACGGUGCUGUACCUGCAGGGCCUGCCGCCGGAGAUGAUCGAUGUGAUCCUCGAGUUCUCCGAGUGGACGCUGCGGAAGGACCCCGAGCUCGGCAUGGAGGUGUUCCUCGCCGACUCGGAGAAUGCCGAGACGCUGCCGCGCGACAGGGUCCUGGCGUUCCUGGGCGGCAUCGACAUCGGGCUGGAGAUACGGUAUCUGGAGCACAUCAUCGGCGAGCUGAACGAUCUGACGCCGGACUUUCACAACCGGCUGGUCGAGCUGUUCAUUCGGCAGCUGACAGAGAAGCCGCGGGGAGAAGACUGGGAUGCGCUGAUGGAGCGGCUGGUGCGCUUCCUGCGGGAGAGCAAGCAGUACAGCCUGGGGAAGGCACGGGCAUUGAUUCCAAAGGAUGACCCGGCUUUUUACGAAGCACAAGCCGUCGUGCUGAGCAACAUGGGACAGCACAGACAGGCGCUGAUGAUCUACGUCUUUAAGAUGAAAGAUUAUGCUAAAGCAGAAGAAUACUGCAAUCGCAUCCACAAAACCCAAGAACCGCCGCAGGCCACCCGCACCGGCUCCGCUCAGACACCACCCACCAGCACAACAGCGCCCGCAGCAGCAGAAGACAAAGCCCAACCGGACACGGACGAGAAGCCGUCCAUCUACCACACGCUGCUCUCGCUCUACCUGACGCCGCCGCCGGAGCACGGGCCGCCCAACCUCGGGCCGGCGCUCGACCUGCUCUCCAAGCACGGCGCGCGCCUGCCGGCCACGUCGACGCUCUCGCUCGUGCCGGACGAGCUCCCCGUCGCGCAGCUCGAGUCGUACUUCCGCGGGCGCAUGCGCGGCGCCAACAGCGCCGUCAACGAGACCCGCGUGCUGGCGGGCCUGCGCCGGACCGCGCUGUUCAAGAGCCAGGCGCGGCUGCUCCUGGGCGAUGACGGCGUCCCCGUUCCGCCUGCUGCUGGUGCUGGUGCUGCCGCUGGGCACGGAGGUGGUGGUGGUGGAGGGAGGAACAGGAGGGUCGUGAUCAGUGAGGAGAGGGUGUGCGGCGUGUGUCAUAAGAGGAUCGGCGGGAGCGUGGUGGCCGUGCUCCCUGAUAACACCGUGGUGCAUUAUGGGUGCUUGGGCAGGGCCGGCGGGACCGGGCCGAGGCCGAUGUCGUCUGGCGAGAGGGACGGUGCGGCGAGUGUGAGGUCAUGGACGGGUGUUGGGUUAGGCGCGGGCGCGGGCGCGAGCGCGGGAUCUUGGGGGAGGACAGCUGGGUAGAUGGCCGUCGACGGGCGGGCGUGGAUGUGAAAUAUACUGUCGGCGCUGACUCCAUGUUCGCUCCGAGGGGGGUUGUAUCGUGAUUUGUCGCAGUCGAGGCCGCUAGUUGCGCCAGGGCAAAAUGCAUACCCCCGUUGCGCGUUGUCC